AUGGCCGAACCACCUUCGUCGCCCCCUGGCGAGUCUGCCUCCGCCGAGGACUCCUUGUCGUGGUACAAGUCGCAGUAUGAGGUGCUUGAGCAGGAGCUCGCUGAGUUCAGAGAAUCGAGCAAGGAACUUGAGCAGGAGCUCGAGAAGGACAUCGAGCAGGCUGAAAAGAGGGAGCGUGGGCUCCAGGAGAAGGCGGAGAGCCUUGCAUUCGAGGUCGAGGAGUGGAAG